AUCGGUAUUUAGAAGCGACAAUAAUAGCCUGCAAGGGGUCAGUAGAGCGUGCUAAAACCCAAUUAGACAAAAUGUGCACGUUGAGAACUUUACUGCCUGAAUUUUUCGGAAAGUGUCUAGUAAAAGAGGAGUAUCGCCGAUAUCACAAAAUUGCUCAAUCGGUUGUGUUGCCAAAGUUAACACCCGACCACUACAGAGUUUAUGUUGCCAAAUAUCACAAUAUCGAAUGGGAAGCUUCAGAGGCCAUUUUGCUAUUUAGACAAACUAUAUGUUUAGCCGAAUACAUUAAGGCUCAGGAUUAUUUGAGUGGAUUCGUUCUGGUCGGAGAUUUUUCUGAUGCAAACUUAAUGAACUAUUUGCCAAAACUGAGUAUUUUACAGUGUAAACAGAUCUUUAAUAUUUUAAUGGAAGGCUUCGGCAUGAGAGUCAAACAAAUUCACAUAAUAUCAAAAUCGAAACUCGUGGACGGUUUGGUGAUGUUUUUAAAAAAGAUGCUCAGCGCUAAAAUAUUUGACCGAUUAAAAAUGCACAAAAGUAUUGAAGAUCUAUAUGAAUACUUUCCCAAAACCAUACUUCCCAAAGACUAUGGUGGUGAUGAACGUUCGCUGGAUACUCUUCAAGCGGAAUGGAUUGAUGUUCUUUCGUCGGACGAAUACCUGAAAUAUUUACAAGAAAUGAACGCAGCCACAACCAAUGAGUCUUGUAGACCUAAAGAUCAAUUUUCCGAACAUUACGCUGGAAUGCCGGGCACUUUCAGAUAUUUGACUGUUGAUUAAAGAUACCAUUCUCCUAUCAAAUCCAACCAAUAAUUGUAAACGAAUUAAACAUAAGCAAAUUUUUCUUGAAUAGUGUGGAUUUAUAAUCCCAAAUCAGUUAAGAAUAUAGUUUUUAUCAAAAAAUGUUAUUUUUUGAAAAAAUUAUUAAGUUUACUGC